AUGAGCGUGCGCAAAGCACACAAUGCGGGACGAAAUCACAUCCGUAACGUGGUUGAUUACUACCAACAAAUCGGACACGAAAAAGCACAAUCAGUAAUCGAUUCUAUUACAAGUUCAUACGCGGCGGAGGGACAGGCGAAUCCGUUACUACAACAUCCCGGUGCGCCGGGAUCGUUUCCCCCGCCGCCGUUUGGAGUUCCCGGGCGACCAGGUCAAAUGCCGCCUCCGCCAUUUGGAAUUCCACCUCCAGGUGCUCCCGGUGGAUUACCCCCACCAGGAGGCCGCGGCAUGCCCCCUUUCCAACCCCCCUUCCCCAUCCCCGGCGCUCCAGGCGGCACUCCCGGCGGUCUCCCCUCAUUACCUGCAGGCAUGCCCCCUCUACCGGGCAAUCUMCCCUUCCCACCACCAGCCGGUCUACCCGCAAACUUCCAGCCUCCGCCUGGCUUUCCCGGUGCUGCAGGAUUUCCGCCUGUAGGACCCGGAGGACCUGCUGGACAUGGACCUGGAGCGAGUAUAUCGCCUCCGCCCGGUGCGGGCGGGUUUCCGCCUGGGCCGCCAGGGGGUGGGUAUCGGCCUCCUGGGAUGGAUCGAUAG